AUGUCCUCCAAACAGCAGCUUGCCUGCACCUACGCCGCCCUGAUUCUUGCCGAUAGCGGCAAGACGGAUAUGGACAGCCUGUUGAAAGUGACAAAGGCCGCCGGUGUUGACGUCAGCAAAGGGAUGGCCUCGGCGUUUGCCAGCAUCCUCAAGAACGUUGACAUCAACGACGUGCUCUCCAAAGUGAGCUUUGGUGGUGUUGCUCCUGCUGCCGGUGGUGCCACCGCUGCUCCUGCUGCUGCUGCCGCCGCCGCCCCCGCCGCCGCCGCCGCCGCGAAGAAGGAAGAGGAAGAGGAAGACGACGAUAUGGGCUUUGGUCUGUUUGACUAG